GGGGUGCAGGGGAGGCAGUGUUAGCUGCCUGCUGGAGAAAGGGGAGUACAGAGGCUUAAGUGGCGUCUCAGGACUCCCUGGGGUGGAAGGAGCUGGGCCACCGGCCGGCUGGGCCUUGCAAACAGAACUGCAGAAGCUGAACCUGGGCUUAUCGCGUCCCUGAGAAGAAAAGCACAGUUCCAGCUUCCUGUGCCUAAGAGCAAGUGUGAGCAAGCGAGCGAGCGCCCUUCACGCUGCUGCUCAAGCCUAGGCUGACCUGCGCACAGGACAGGGAUCAGGAUGGGGCCUGUGGACGAAGCAAGUCUCCGCUACAAGAACUAGAGGAAGCAAUUCCAGAAGAACACAGCUCCCGGCGCCACCCAGACUCAGGAGCAGAAGACCAGGGCCGGUCAGUGGCUUUUCUGACGAGUCCCCUCACUAUGGUCCUCUGUCCCGCACAGACAGACACCGACUUCUACAGGAGAAACUGAAGCAGCCCUGCCACAAACCACAGCAGACGCAAGAAGGAAGCAGACAUCAGGUACCCCUGACCCGGAAACACGCGUUCCAGCGUACACCCCUGCUGGAUGCCCUGUGUCUUGCGGCCUCGCAGCAAUCUAAGGCUGGAACUGACACCUGUCUCAUGUGCCAGAAACUCAGCCCAUGCUCUGUGUAAAAGACCCCCCAGCGCAGAAAACACAAGAUGGGGCUUUGGACGUGACCAGAGGGUCCCAGUGCCCACUCCCCACAGAAGGCUCCGUCUUGGAAACGGAGCUUCUAGACUGUACCAGAAUGAACGAGGACCAGAGUACAGAUAUCCCUGGCCACCUGUCUCCUUGUUCCCUGCAGGAGAAUGGUGUUGACCACUUGUACUUGGAGAGUCCGACACAGCUCAGGGAUUAUCUCACACAGCCAUCAUCUGAACACACUUCAUCCUCGGAGAGUACUGUGACAUCAAGUGAUUCUGGAUCAGACACUUUGCACAUGGCUUCUGGUGACCUUGACUGCAAACCUCUCUGUGAGAACGAGGAGGAAGCACGAGCAGCCUCCGCCAUGCCAGGUGCCAGGCAAGCUCCCGAGAAUGCUGCUUGUGGAGACCCCGCGAAUGUGGGUGUGGCCAAGGCUGCAUCCCAGCAGAUUUCCAGCUUGGUGGAGUGUGGAGCUUUUAAAGAAACAGGAGAGGACCUCAGAACCACGGAAGACAGAGGGAAGGGCAGUGCCUCAGGAGAGACUGAGGUUUCCACGCCCCCCAAGGCAUCCAUGAAGCUGGUUAACUUUCAACAGAGUGAAAACAGCACUUCAGCCAAUGAGAAGGAAGUGGAGGCAGAAUUCCUCAGGUUAUCCUUGGGACUUAAGUGUGACUGGUUUACGUUGGAGAAGAGGGUGAAGCUUGAAGAGAGGUCCCGGGACCUGGCAGAGGAGAACCUGAAGAAAGAAAUCACAAACUGUCUGAAGCUUUUAGAGUCGCUGACACCCCUGUGUGAAGAGGACAACCAGGCUCAGGAGAUCAUUAAGAAGCUGGAGAAGAGUAUAAUGUUUCUCAGCCAGUGCACAACCCGUGUGGCCAGCAGGGCCGAGAUGCUGGGAGCCAUCAACCAGGAAAGCCGGGUGAGCAGAGCGGUGGAGGUGAUGAUCCAGCACGUGGAGAACCUGAAGAGGAUGUACGCCAAAGAGCACGCGGAGCUGGAGGAGCUGAAGCAGGCGCUGCUGCAGAACGACAGGUCUUUUAACUCUCUGCAGGAUGAAGAUGACUGUCAGAUUAAAAAGCGUUCAUCUUCUCUAAAUUCCAAGCCAUCUUCUCUUCGAAGAGUGACCAUUGCCUCUUUACCCAGGAAUCUUGGAAAUGUGGGGAUGGUGUCAGGCAUGGAAAAUGACAGAUUCAGCCGGCGGUCCAGCAGCUGGAGAAUCCUGGGUACAAAGCAGGGCGAGCACCGCCCCUCGCUGCACCGCUUCAUCAGCACCUAUUCCUGGGCCGACGCUGAGGACGAGAGGUGUGACGUGAAAACCAGAGACGCCCCGGACCCGCCAGGAGAAGAGGCGCUAGAGAGGACCAGGAAACCCAGCCUUUCUGAAAGGAGAAGCAGCUCCUCGGCCUGGGACAGUGGCACAGUCUGCAGCUCUGUGGCUUCCUGGGUCACUGGCCUGCAGGUGUCCUUCAGAAGAACCAACAGAGCGCUCUGGCUCGCCGGACUCCUCAUCGUCCUGUUUGCAGCCCUGGUGAGCGUCCUCACAGGUCAGCUCUUCCACACAGCCGUGGAGGCUGCACCCACGCAGGAGGGGGACUCCUGGAUGUCUCUAGAACACGUCUUAUGGCCGUUUACCAGACUCGGGCACGAUGGACCGCCAGUGUGACUGCCGCCACAGCUUAGUGUCCCCUUGGAUUUUAACUGUUCCUUCUGGGAUUUGUAAAUUAGUAACUUUUUAGUAACUAUCGUGCAAAAACUAGGGUCCUCGGCAGCUAGGAUCUUUUAAUUCCCCAACAAAAGCACAGGGGAGGAACUUCAGGAGGGAGGGUACCCCACCUGGGGUAUUUUAAUGAGCUUUCUGAGCUACAUAAGGCUUUAUUGCAAUGUAUCCAAAUAAAGGCCAUUCAGAUCUCUGCA